UCUCUUUGUCGCGAACACUAGAGGUUGCAAUGUCUGUGGCGUUUAGAGUGCAGAUUUACUUCUUCCUGAUCUGCCUGUCGGCUCUCAAGGGACAAAGCAGGUACAUCGAGGACAAUGAUAUUACACAAGAUGGGAUGUUUCCAAUAUUUAAUUCGGAAAUUAGGAGAGGAUUAUCUGAAGGACUUCUUUACCGUCGGCCACUCAGAUGUAUAGACAUGCUGACCAUGGAAGGACAGUUUACAUUCACAGCAGAUCACCCACAGCUUCACUGUGCAGCGUUUUUCAUCGGUGAACCGCAAGAGAUCAUCAGCAUUGAGUACAGUUCUGUGAAUAUAGACUGUAAUGGAGGUGACUUUAUAAAGGCGUUUGAUGGCUGGAUAAUGAAAGGGGAAAAAUUCCCCAGUUCCUUUGACCACCCGCUACCUACCUAUGAGCGAUACAUAGACUACUGUGAAGCAGGCAGCCUCGGGCGGACAGUCAGGUCCUCUCAGAAUGUGGCCAUGCUCUUCUUCAGGAUUCACAUACCAGGAAGUGGAUUCACCAUCACAAUUAAGAAAAUCAGCAACCCCUUCCCAUGCAAUGUCAUCUCCCAGACCCCAGAGGGAAGGUUCACUAUGAUCAUCCCUCAUCAGCACAGAAACUGCAGCUUUUCCAUCAUUUACCCAGUGGAGAUCAAAAUAACUGAACUGACUCUGGGGCAUUUCAACGACCUGCAAGUAAAGAAGCCCAUCACAGGCUGUGGGAGAGCAGGGGAUUUUGUGGAGCUGUUGGGAGGCAGUGGUGUCGACCCCUCCAAGAUGUUCCCUGUGGCUGACCUCUGCUAUUCAUUUAACGGACCAGCUGAAGUGAAGAUCGGGUGUGACAACACGGUUGUGAGGAUGGUGUCCAGUGGCAGAUUUGUGAACCGUGUUGUGUUUGAAUACCGGCUGCUUGAACGUCCCGAGCUUGAAAAACAGAAAGGGAACAGCGUUGAAGACUUCUGUUACACCACCGACUGAGACGCUGGCCCUGCCCAGCUGCAGUGAUGGACACAAAUCCACCACCUACCUUUAAUGACUGAUGAGACCAGUAAGAUCUCUCUCGAUUACGCAUCGUGCUGCAGUCCGAUAGACCACUGAAAAGACGCUUUAAGCAGAAUAGUUUUUGUUGGCUUUUUUUUCAGAUCAUUUUGAUAUCUAUUACGGUUAAAUGAUGUUUUGUAUUUGUUAUUUUUUGUGUUAUUAUUUUGAAACCUGUCUCUAUGUAUAUCAUAUAAUUGACAGAUAAAGCUCAAUAAAAUAAUACAUGCUUGUGUUUGUGUGCAGUAUUAUACAAUAUCACCAUUUUCUUUUUCCAUGCUUCAUAAAAUGCCAAAUAAGUAAUUUCCAUAAACUACCAGAAACAUACAAUAAGAUGACUAGUAUGAAAGGAUAUUCAGCAUAUCUUACUAUAAAACUUGUUUUGAAACCGAACUUUAGAAAACACUCCACCGCCUGGAUAACUUCAUUGAUUGUCCAGUAUACUGGAUGCAGUGCUAGAAAGGGUUAAACAUGUGAAAAUGUACUUAAACUAAUCAUAGUGAAUU